AUGGAUGCAUUGCAGGGAUCUGGCCAGGUACUACCUGAGUAUUUGAAGUCGAUGAAGUCUGCAAUUCACUCAUUCUUGCAAGAGACCGGUGUUUAUGACUCGAUACGCGACAUUGUUGAUACAUAUAUAUCAGAGCACGGAGAUGAGAGUGUCUCCAGCGAAAACCCAAGCGCCAUUAUGCAAAUUGUGAAAGAAAAAGGAAUACUACAGGAGCUUGUUAAUCAAAUCCAGUCUCGCCCUACUGUAGGCACGGUGCCAUCCAUCACCAUACCGAGUGAUGGCCGAUACUACCUUCUUGUUCGACUGAAUGGUGGGCGUGCUUUUGUAGAUAACCUUGAUCUAACCCCCUCAACUCUGUGCAAGCGCUCUGUUGUUUUUGCUGCUCAUUUUGGGAACCAGAGGUUUAGAUCUGCAGCAAAGGCGUGCUCUGCUGAACCAAUCUUCGAUGAAGAGUUUCUCUUCGAAGUGGAUGCCACUAGGUUCGGGUUUGGCGAGAUGGAUCUUAUCGAAGUAUCAACACCUUUUCACAUUGCCGUCCUGCGAGAAGAUGCCCAGCUCAACGUCGCAGAGCUACUGGGUGAGAACAUCAUAGAAUGGAGAAAGGUCUUGAAGAGCGGUUACCUAGGGCUCACGGUGGAACUCUGUGGCAAAAACGCUGGGAUACCAGCAGGCAUUGUAGACCUACAGCUCGAGUUAGUGUCGAAAAAGCGAAUUCGGUACAAAGAGGAGGAUAUUGCGUCGCGUGCCGAGCAACAGCGCAUUGCUGUCACGAACGCUGACCGCGAGUUCCUCGUGUACUCUCGGAGGUGGUGGUCAGAGUAUCAGGGAUUACGACCUACACACAAAGAGCGCAAGGUACGACUAUUCGCAUCCACUUCAACUGGAAGAAUGGUGCCUCUGACCCACUUUGUUUCGCCAAUACAAGCAGAGUUUGGUAUCCACUCGCCGCAGGAUGCCGCCCGUUUUGUCUCACUGUUGCGCGUCACCACCAUGGGCACCGGCGCCAUAGGUGCGUUGUGCGUCGAGGAAAGCAGCUGGCUGUCGCCUUUCAUUUUUCUCUCGCAGAGGCAGGGUCACCACUGCAACCACGCUACUCUUCUUUGCUCUCUUCUACUAGGGUUUGGCAUCGAUGCUUACUGCGCUAUCGGGUCUUGCAACAACGGUGACAUUGGCGUCUUCGUUGUGUCCAGGUCUACCGAUGCGCGUGGCUCUGCCAAGGUCACGGUGUGGAACCCCACGUCAGGUGAGCGCUCUUCGCCGAGUGAGCAGGCGACAUUCGCUACCAUCGACUGCAUGUUCAACAGCAAAUCUUUCUUUGCGAAUUGCCAAGCCUCGAACAGCAUCGCUACUGCAUCAUUCGAGUGCUACAAUGAAGAGUUCUGGAAGCCGCUGAAUGUGCUGAAACUGAGAAUGGUGCCCCGGUACCCUCCUGCGCCGCUUCUGUUUGAAACUGUCGUUGCAUCGUCGAUGGAGCGCUCACUGGAGAUUCAGCUUCGGGAAGCGAUUUCUACGUAUCGCGACUCUUUUGGCGUGGUGACGACGUACGAUAAUGCGGUUUCGUACGUGCUGUCGCAGGCGCUGCUACUGUACGAACGCCAGCAGAGCGAAGGCAGCGCCGAGAGUUUUGCUCUUUUUCAAGAAUCUGUGAAGGGCACCCUAGGGGUGGGGAAAACAUUCAAGGCUAUUCCAGUGAAUGUUUCAUACCUCGACGUCGGUAGCGUGAUGGACGUUGUGCGCGCUGCUUCCGUGGGCAGAGAGAUUUUGGAUAUGGUGGUGGACAGCGCUAAGUUCGGAGUGCGUGCCAAGGUAUUCUGUUUUCCGGAACGCGUCUUCUCCGUUUGGGUGAUGAUUGCAGUUAACUACAGCGCCGCCAACGUUUCAUAG